AUGCGAUUGAGUGCGUGCCUGACUUCCGAGUACCGUAGCAGCUCUCUGUCGCCGAUUAAGUCCAUAUAUGCGCGGCCCUCGACUACGGCGUUGCUCUUCCUCCUAGCUAUGGCCCCCGGUAUCAACUGCGACACCACCGCCCUGUCAGUCGAGACACCAAGCGAUGCAGUCCAGUGCCAACUUACCACUCUCGUGUGGUCUGGUGGCCAGGCCGAUUACACCCUCCACUUCGCUACCAAUGCAGACUUAUCAGAGUCAAUCUCGCCAAUCACCUCCACCACCUUCAACUGGAGGGCGAAUGUACCCGCAGGGGCGCAAGUCGUGCUCACUGUUACUGACGGGACGGGACUCAACGCGUCCUCGGACGCGUUCGUCAUCCAAGACAGCGCGGACACAAGCUGC